CUGACAAGCCCUGUAUGACACAGGAAAGAACAGUUUGAUUUCAGCUUCUUUACUUUCAAAGCCUUUGGCAAAUACAAAAUCAUUAACGGCAACAGAAAGGUUUUUCAGUUUCUAUUUACCAUGCAACUGAGCUCCACCCACCGCCCUUUUGAGUUUUUCUUCCUCAGCAACUGCCUGCCAGACGCUGCAGCAGUCUCGCACGGACAAGCCAUGGCUGCAUUGCAGACCUCAGGGAACUCCAGUCCAGGACUGAACUGGUUGUUGAUCGUGAUCUUCAUCGUGCUUCUGCAGUCCGUCUCUGUGGCUGUGACUUACAUAUACUUCACCAAUGAGCUGAAACAGGUGCAGGAGAAGUUGUCCAAAAGUGGCAUUGCUUGCUUAUUAAAGGAAGAUGAUGGUUCCUGGGACCCCUAUGAUGACGACAGCAUAAACAACCCCUGCUGGCAUAUAAGGUGGCAACUACGGCAGUUAGUGAGAAAGAUGGUUUUGAGAACCUAUGAGGAAACCAUUUCUACAGCUCCAGAAAGCCAACAGGAUGGUCCUUCGCUAAUAAGAAGAGAACUUCAGAGAGUAGCGGCUCACAUAACAGGGGGCAAACAGAGAAGAACCACACCCCCAGUGCCAAACUCCAAGAAUGAAAAUGUUUUCGGCCAUAAAAUAACCUCCUGGGAAACAUCAAGAAAAGGACAUUCAUUUUUGAAUAAUAUGCACAUAAGGAAUGGAGAACUAGUUAUCGAUCGAACAGGGUUUUAUUAUAUUUAUUCCCAAACAUACUUCCGCUUUCAGGAACCUGAGGAUGUUUCAACAGUAGGGCACAGAAGGAAAAACAAACAGAUGGUACAAUAUAUUUACAAAUUCACAACGUACAAUGACCCUAUACUGCUGAUGAAAAGUGCUAGAAAUAGUUGUUGGUCUAAAGAUUCAGAAUAUGGACUCUAUUCCAUCUAUCAAGGUGGAAUAUUUGAACUUAAGGAAAAUGACAAAAUUUUUGUAUCUGUAACUAAUCAAGAAUUGAUGGACAUGGACCAAGAAGGCAGUUUUUUCGGGGCCUUUUUAAUUGGCUAGAUGAUCUGCAAAGAAAAAGAACAACAGUGCUCUCAAAGUAACCUUUCACUUCAGGGUGAUAUUCCACCACAGCUGACAAAGCACGGCAGCCUGAGCACGGCAGCCUGAGCACGGCAGCCUGAGCACGGCAGCCUGAGCAGGGCAGCCUGAGCAGGGCAGCCACGAUGAAACAUUCUUCAACACAUGUUGAAGAUACAUGUGUUUUUAAUAUCUCUGAAAAGUGACCAUCUUAUUACCCCCCCAAAAAUGAAAGUGCUAAAAGACCUUUCAGGGUUCUACCUGAUACCAAUUUGCUAACAGAAAUCCAGAAGAACCUCAGUUUUCAACCAUGUGUAGCAAUUAACAUCUGUCUUUAUCAUCUACCCUUGAGAAGAUUCUAGAAGAAAAAGCAGUGAUCUUAGGUUCUCUGACAUCCAUCACCUUAAGAAUUGUGCUGUAAGAAGCAACAACCUUUCCUCUUCAUCCCCCUGCCCCCAACGUCUGCAAAGCAACCAUGCAUGAAUGCAUCUCCUUCUGUGUUGGCCAGGCUGGUGUCCAGAUAAGCAAUGCCUGCUGAGGGCUCUACUUCUUAGAACACAGCAUCCGACCUGAUGACCAGAUGCCAAAUGACCAUCAUGAGGUGGGAGGGAGACGACUCUUUGAAUACUGUCAGUGAGAGGCACUAUCAAGCAUAAGUCCAGAGCAGUGUUUGUAAACCUAGAACCCAUAGUCACUGAUGAAGUUCCAAAUGGUACCCACCACCAGAUAUUCCACCUUGAGCAGCUCACCGCAGGCAAGGGAGAUGCUCCCAAUAACCAUGUCUGCGAGCACUACGCCAUUGGCAAGGAGAUCAUCGACCUCAUCUUGUAACGAAUUCAGACACUGACUGGCCAGUGCACAGUUUUCAAGGCUUCUUGGUUUCCCACAGCUUGUUGGGGGAACUAGUUCUGGGUUCCCCUCCGGGCUGAUAGAAAAUCUCUCUCAGUUAUGGCAAGAAGUCCAAGCUGGAGUUCUCCAUUACCCAGUCCCCCAGGCCUCCGCAGCUGUACCUGAGCCCUACGAUUUCAUCCACACCACCCUGGAGCACUCUUUGCAUUCAUGGUUGACAAUGAGGCCAACUACGACACCUGUCAUAGAAAUCUCGAGAUUGAAUGCCCUACCAAUACCAACCUGAAUAGGUUAAUAGGUCAAAUUGUGUUCUCUACCACUGCUUCCUGCAGAUUUGAUGGAGCUCUGAAAGCUCAUCUGACCAAAUUCCAGCCCAGCUUGGUGCCCUAUCCCCACAUUCACUUCCCUCUGGUCACACACGCCCAUCAUCUCCGCUGAGGAAGUCUACCGUGAACAACUUUCUGUAGCAGAGAUCACCAAUGCAUGCUAUGAGCCAACCAACCAAAUGGCAGAAUGUACCAUGGUGAUAUGAUGCCAAUGCUGUCCUUGCUGCCAUCAAGACCAAGUGCAGCAUCCAGUUUGUGGACUGGUGCCCCACUGGCUUCAAAGUUGGUAUUAAUGACCAGUUUCCCACUGUGGUGCCUGGCGGAGACCUGGCCAAAGUACAGUGAGCUGUGUACAUGCUGAGCAACACUUCAGCUAUUGCUGAGGCCUGGGCUUGCUUGGACCACAAGUUUGGCCUGACGUAUGCCGAGUGUGCCUUUGUCCACUGGCACGUGGGUGAGGGCAUGGAGGAAGGACAGCUUUCUGAGGCCCGUGAGGACAUGGCUGCUUUUGGAACAAUAUGAGGAAGUUGGUGUGGAUUCUGCCAAAAGGAGAGGGUAAGGAAGGAGAAGAAUGCUACAGUUAAAAUGUCACAACAAUGCUGCUUGUACAGGGAUACUUAUUCUGUGUUGAACAUUGAAGACUUGUGGUCUGAUCGGGUCAUUUGAAUGUAGCAGUAUGUAUUUAUAUGCAAUUACUGGCCUGUGCUUUUCAGCACGACACAUUGUUACAGAACCAACCUGUUCAUUUCCCUGAUGGGUUUGAGAAAAGUACUCCUGGUCUUAAAUUAAAAAAAAAAUAAAAAGAAAGUAACGGUCUUAAACAGUAUAUCAUAUUGAUAGCUUCCAGAUUGCUGUGAGGGAUGACACUUGCACAGUUGGAAGAGACAGGAGCACUGCCCAGAGGUCAUGGUCUUGGGAGGCCGUCCUCUGUCAGCACACGCAGCGUGCACAGGGAGUGCACCUCACAUGGGACUUUGCAGGAGUUGUCUCCUACAUCUGAAUCUGGUGGAAAUGAGAAAAUUACACUCAAAAUGCUAUCACUUUUAAUGAAAUUAUGUUUGUGAAUGGCCUGUGCUACUGAAAGUCACAGCUGGCCAAAAGCACUGAAGGUAUUUUUGAUAAAGGACUCUGUGAUGACUAAUCAGCUAUUCAAAACCCAGGGAAUUUGGUUUCACGUGAGGAGGAGAAAUGGGAAAGCAGAAAUGACAAAGGUAAGUCAGCAGAAAAGAGCCAAAUAAAGACGCACGCAGACUCGUCCCCUGCCAAAUGUUGGUAUCUGAUACAUAUCUGAUUAAGGUUGUAUCAUUUGUUUACCCCUUCCAGAAAAACAGCAGUUAGUUUUAUCUUCCAAAAUCAUGACAUGAAACAUUUUAUUUCACCACUUCAUCUAAGUAGUUGGAGAAAAAUUUAGUUGGAGUAUUUGUCUAAUUUCUUCUAAAUGUUAUUCCUAAACAUAGCAUAAUAUCUACUCUUUAAGUAUAUGCUCAUAUUUUCAUUGAAAUAUGCCCUGAUCAAGCUGGUCUUUUUCGAAAAGGCUCAUUUACAUUUAAAUUUACAACAUGUUAGAGACACCUGGCACUUCUGAUCCUCCUCACUCUAUUUUUUCCAUAACACUAAUCAAAUUCUUAUGUACAAACAAAUGGACUUAUUUGUAUGGUUUUAAAAGCUUGUUUCAGUAUAAUAUAAGUGGAAACAUUUAGCGCUGUUACAUGUAUAUCUGCUGUACAUACAGGAAGGUAAGGGAUUUGCUGAAUGAAUGAGUGAAUGAAUGAAUGAAUACCUAGUGACAUAGAAAGAACUGGAGAAUUCCAAAAGUAAUCUCAAAUAGAGAAGACCUUUUAAACCAAAGUUUAAAACCCAAAGAAACAGAAUAAAAUGUUUUAUGACAAAUACCUUAGGGGUCUAAGAACAAAUUAAUUUUUACUCUGUAUUUUUGUACUACAUUUUUAAAAUGUUACUUUUUAAUAAACAUAGUUCUAUGUU